UUUACUCACGUGAACGUCGUUCAGCUCCUUGGCCUCUGCACCCACCAGGAGCCCAUCUAUAUGGUCAUGGAGUUUAUGCUCUACGGCGACCUGAAGACAUACCUGCUGGCUCGGCGGCACCUCGUGUCGGACAAGACGGUCCACAGCGAGGAGGACGAAAUAAGCAGCAGGCGACUGACCUCCAUGGCGCUGGAUGUGUGCCGCGCGCUGGCGUACCUCACCGAAAACAGAUAUGUUCACAGGGAUGUGGCCUGCAGGAACUGCCUGGUAAGCGCCGAGCGGAUUGUCAAGCUCUCCGAUUUCGGAAUGACUCGACCCAUGUAUGAGAGUGAAUAUUACCGCUUCAACAGACGAGCUAUGUUACCUGUACGCUGGAUGUCACCUGAGUCCAUAGAAGACGGCCUCUUCACCAACAUGAGUGAUAUGUGGUCCUACGGCGUCCUGCUCUAUGAAAUCAUCACUUUCGGCAGUUUUCCAUUUCAGGGAAUGUCCAACAAUCAGGUAGUUGAGCAUGUAAGAGCAGGGAACACUAUCACUAUACCCAGUGGUGUGAAACCGCAACUAGAGAGGCUGCUGAUGAGCUGCUGGAGUAAAUGUCCUCAGGAUCGGCCCACUUUUAAUGAAAUGGCCGAAACUCUCACAAUGUGGCCACGCCUUAUCACGCCGUGCUUGGAGGUGCCGUCAGCCGCAGUUCAGCUUAAUGAUACAGAUUCACUGGAAAUUGUGCUUCCAGCUGCGGACCAGCCGUGUCGCCGGAGCUCGGCGCCCACGGCACGUCUUCCCAACCCACGCGUGCGGCAUACGUCAGGGGGUGACAGCAUCCCGGCGUCAAGUAAUGCCCAAGGAAACAUCUUAUCUCGCGGCCAAAACGUCCCCCUGCUGUCCACCACGAGCACGCCGGCGCCGCCCACGACCCUCAACGUUUCCAGCUGGAAUCGAGCCCCGCAGGAGAAUGGAGGCGGGCCGUCCGUGGAGCCUCUGCUGCCCCAGAAUGGAGACGGCUACAUGUCACGCUAUGUGUGUCUUCAACGUACAAAGUCCGGCGAGAAUAAUAGUGAUUUAGAUUCUCCAUAUAACAAGAAUUUGUAUUUGGAUUCGCCCAAUAUGACUGCUGUUUAACUUCAUGGCAGUGAAAUGAUACACCAAUUACCCUUAUUUCUUAGUGCAAGUAACAAUAUUAUCUAAGAUAUUUAGUGAAAAUUCUCCAGAUAUGUUUAUCUUGAGUGUCAUAUUUUAAUUUAGCCAUACUGACAACCCUGCUGUUUGGUAUUGACAAAUACCCAUAAAGCACCAAGUCAGCUGCUACCGUUACUGGGAAUGAGCAGGUAAUCUAUAAAGAAACUAUAUAAUAUAUAUUUUCUCUCUAUUUCAAAUACCAUGUUAUGUGCAAUUCCUGUGUGUAUACUGUACCUUAUGAAGAACUGCCCCGAUGUCUAUAUGCAUUUCAGCUCGAAGGUACCACUGUAGACAGUUUUAAUUGAGGUAAGCUGUCACUGAGUGAGAAUGCAUACACACUAACGCACUGUCAGUGCUACAGAUCUGAGGUUGACUUAUACAGUAUGAAUAAUUUAGGUGCUAUGUGAUGGUGUUCAGUGGAUCACAACGAAAAAUGCCUGGUACAAUGAUUGUCUGUAUUUUGCAUGUAGGAUAUAUAUUUGAUUCACAUCAUCAGUCACGUCUUGUGAUCGUAUGUACUGUCAUCAAAGGUUACAAUGAUGCAGUUAUUUUUUGAAGUGACUGACAUGCAUCCUACUUUCAUGUUUGUCUUUAGUUCUGGUCAUAUGUUUAAACUGCAUUGCCUGGGAUCAUUGUAACAGGCCAAGAAAAUAUAACAAAUGUCUAACCAGCAAGAUAUAUAACCAAGCUACUGCUUUUAGCAGAUAUAUUUUUCACAUGCUUUUACAGUGAGGUGCCAAAAAUGUACAAAUGAUCAAUAUAUAGUAGUUUAAUUAGUAGUUAUCGCUUGAUAUAUUUUUGUUUUCAAGAGAAAUAUAGUUCCUGAGAAACUGCCUCAUUAAAACUGUGUAAUCAUUAUAUGAUUUAAAGAUUUUAUGUAUAUGACCUGUUAUUUUGCUCAGAAAUUCUAUGACUAAUAAUUUAGAACUUAUUUGGAAUAAAAUUUUAGCUCAGUCUUGAA